AUGGGGACUGUGGAAACCACCCAGCGUCUGGCGCAGCUGCGACAGCUGAUGCAGGAGCACAAAGUCGAUGUAUACAGUAUGCCGCCCUUCGUUCUUACUUCGCUGUUUAUGCAUGUGCCUGUCUUGCUAAUUUUUUCUCCAAAGUUGUGCCCUCAGAAGACAGCCACCAGUCCGAAUACAUUGCGCCCUGCGACGGCCGCCGAGGUUAGCCGCCAACUCCCACCGACCCUCUCUUUUCACAUUGCUCACCAAUGCCCGAUUUCAGAAUUUAUUUCGGGCUUUUCUGGGUCUGCCGGUACUGCGAUUGUCUCCCUGAACAAAGCUGCAUUGUCUACCGAUGGUCGUUAUUUCAACCAAGCUGCGAAGCAGCUGGACAGCAACUGGGAGCUCCUCAAGCGCGGAAUUGAGGGCGUCCCCAGCUGGCAGGAAUGGACGACCGAGCAAGCCCAGGGCGGAAAAGCUGUUGGUGUUGAUCCCUCUUUGAUCACUGCCGCUGGCGCGCGAAAGCUUGCGGAGACUCUCGAGAAGAACGGCUCGUCUUUGGUAGGAAUCCAGCAGAACUUGGUCGAUUUGGUCUGGGGUAAGGAUCGCCCGGCCCGACCUGUGGAGAAAGUGCGCGUGCACCCCGUGAAGUAUGCGGGCAAGCCUUUCCAGGAUAAGAUUGCCGAUAUUCGCAAGGAGCUGGAAACCAAGAAGAAGGCUGGCUUUGUCGUCUCCAUGCUUGAUGAGAUUGCCUGGCUGUUCAAUCUGCGAGGCAGCGAUAUCCCCUACAAUCCCGUCUUCUUUUCUUAUGCUAUCAUUACCCCCACCACCGCAGAACUUUACGUGGACAGCUCAAAACUUACGCCCGAGGUCACGGCUCACCUCGGCCAAGAUGUGAUCAUCAAGCCGUACGACUCUAUUUUUGCCGACGUUAAGGCUUUGAGUGAGGCGAGAAGCCAAGCCACAGAGGUCCCUGCCAAGUUCCUGUUGUCUAACAAGACCUCAUGGGCUCUGAGCCUCAACCUGGGUGGCGAGGACCGCGUUGAAGAGAUCCGUAGCUCAAUUGCUGAUGCCAAGGCCGUCAAGAACGAGACCGAGCUGGAGGGCAUGCGUGCUUGUCACAUUCGUGAUGGCGCUGCCCUGACCGAAUACUUUGCCUGGCUUGAGAAUGAGCUCGUCAACAAGAAGACCGUCUUGGAUGAGGUCGAUGGAGCCGACAAACUUGAGCAAAUCCGCUCAAAGCACGAUCUUUUUGCCGGCCUGUCUUUCGACACUAUUUCUUCCACCGGGCCCAACGGUGCCGUUAUUCACUACAAGCCAGAGAAAGGCAGCUGCUCGAUCAUCGACCCCUCGGCCAUCUAUCUUUGUGACUCUGGUUGCCAGUACUUUGAUGGAACAACUGACACCACUCGUACUUUCCAUUUCGGCACACCCACUGCAUUCGAAAAACGGGCUUUCACUUUGGUUCUCAAGGGCAUGAUCGGAAUUGACACGGCAGUCUUUCCCAAGGGAACCAGCGGUUUUGCAAUUGAUGUCCUGGCCCGUCAGCACCUUUGGAAAGAAGGCCUUGACUUCCUUCACGGAACCGGCCACGGCGUUGGCUCCUACCUGGUCAGUCCUCUCUAUCGCCAGUAA